GAACAACAAAGUGCGCUGUGAAUCAAAUAGUCCCUCAUCAAAACAAGACCAUGCCACAUAGUAAAGUACAGACUGAGAACUGCGCUGGUGUGUAUGUGAGAGUCGUUUCCGCGCAGAUCGUCUAUCAGCUGGUUUGGGAUCAGUUACAGUGCUUCCCUUGUAACCUACCCUCUAUAUAGCAACAACGGGUUAUAGAGUAAAACAAAAAAACAAUGACACGUUAUUACGCGUUACAUAAUGGGAGUACUUUUAAGAUUACUACCGAGACACAACUAGUCUGUACUAAAUCGGAACUACUUGUUAUUCUCCUUCCGCUUCGAAAUGUCCCAGUUUCAUUGAAUCAUUGAGCUUGAUUUAGUGUUUGUCCACUAACUAAACGCUGAUUUAUUGAUACUUUGUAUCGAUCUGGAUGGCCACUGUAGCCCACGUGGUUUCAGUUUGUUACCUUUCUAUUUAUAUACAUAUUAUUCUUUUUCAAAGCCAUCUCUUCAUUGUGUGGCUGUAAUACAACCGCACGUCUUACUGUAAGAAAUUACAACUGCUCAUAGUAUAUUUCAUGGUGCUACUUUUGAAAACAAGCGUGAAGGAACGAGUACUUCACCGAGUAGUGUACUUUGUAUCACGCCGCGCAGCGGCGAGUUAGUGGGACGUCCUUCUGUGAGACGCGGAGGGGAGGGGGCGGAGGGAUCUACACUCAGCGGCACGGCGUGUUCCCGUGACGCAGUCGGUUGCUAGGUGUGAAUGGACUGAUGCAUUUCUCACAAUUAAGCAGCCCCUCAGUUUACAGGUCGACCACAACAAAGCAACAACUCGUCCCGGAUAUUCCGAGCUCAAAUAUGGCUCUUUAAACUCGUGAAGUUGUCGGACCCGAUAAGAACCCGUGCUUUGCCUUCGCAACGCACCCUCAGUGCUCGACCUUUUUUCUCUGCAAGAAUGGAGUUUCAUUAUGCUCACCCAGCCCUGCUCUCUGUGGCCCAUCUGUCAGACCGUGCUUGCUCUCAGCAUAUGCUUGGACUUGAACUGAAUCAAAGUGCCAACAGACAAUAUGAUGGCAACAUCAGCUCCUGUUUGGAAGACUCUUCAUGUCUACCCGGCAGACCCCCUCGCUCCCUCUCACCCACAGGCUAACCACAGCCAAUCACAGGGGUGCAGGGGGGAGGUGUCAGAGGAGAGUCAGCACUUAAUUGGUGAUGGUCUCACUGACUGGAUGACGGAAGAAGUGGAUUUCUCCUCGUACCUCCCAAACCCUCCUUCCCCACCCUCCUCCACCAAUGCCUCCCUUCCCCCUUCGCCCCUUCAGAAUGAUAUCCAUGUGCCCUCCGAUUUGGAGGUCAUGACCUCUCUGCUGCAAGAGGAACUUGCCCAACUAGAGGACUACUUCCUGUCUGAGCCACUGCCAGAGAAAGGGCCAAGGCUCGGAAAAUGCGACAGGGGUCCAGUGCCGCCGGGUCCCCAGCCGUUCAGUCAGCUGCCAUACGCAUCAUACUCCACAUCCAACCAAUCGGAAUCCAGCCCACUCCUUGUUACCCUGGCAACCGGAGAACUGGACCUGCUGAGUAUCUGUGGCGGGCCCAUUGGGCGAUCCAAAAUUCCAAGACACGCCCCGUACAGCUGCAGUCGCCCCAGUGGGUGUGUUAGGAAACGAGUUCCCGACGGUGUGAGGUUCGGUGAAGGCUAUGAUAACAGUUUGUUGAGUUCCAAAGGAAGUAACUCAGGUAACGCAGCGGCGACCCUUCCAGGUAACUAUGACUGUGUCGAGGACCAGCAGCUGGUAGGGAAAAGCUACUGUCUGGGUAGUGCAGUCGAGGUCAGAAGAUGUGCCGUUCUACCGAAAGACGACAAAAAUUGCUGUUUCAGUCAAGAUGUCAUAGGUGGUGCGAAGGUUGUUGGUGGUGGAUUUGGCUUUGGUGGAUCACUUAACGUCCCACACAAGAAAGAGGAUCUGCUGAUGUAUAGCAUGAGGGAGGUCAGCGGAGGCACCGGUAGCAACGAGGUGCUCAAUAGUAUCAAAACAGUGGAGAUGACAAAAGCCUCAGUUUCGUGGAAAACAGAGAGCGGCGAAGGUUGUUAUCUUCCAGCAACAGCACAGUCUGAGGCCUAUCAUAGCUUCUUCAGCAACAUCAACGAACAGGUGAAAUCAGAGAGUCUACAGAUAGGGCAACAUGAUUUGCACUGUAAUUUCCUGGAGGAUCAGGGCCCAGAGUGUCUUUUAAUGGCGAGGGAGAGUCUGAACUUGGAGCCUUCAGGGCACAGACAAGCAUGCAGGCUGAAGGAAGACCACUGUGAUUUGAAUUACGAAGAGGACCUCAUCCCAGCUGAAGGUGGGAAGCGCAAACAGAAGAAGAGGGAUCAGAACAAAACUGCCGCUCACAGGUACCGCCAGAGAAAAAGGGUGGAGCUGGAUAGUCUCGAGGAGCAGUUGCAUGGCCUUGAAGGGAAGAACCGGGAGCUCCGGGACAAGGCAGAGUCGGUAGAACGUGAAAUCCAGUAUGUCAAAGACCUGCUGAUUGAAGUUUACAAGGCCCGCAGCCAAAGGCUCAAGCAGGACACAACAGCGUAACACCAAGCUCCUGCAAGUACAUUUAAAGAGGGCGCAGCAGGGAGAAUGUGGCGCUCUUUGUGUCUGUAAGAUUGUCCAGAAUUGAAUGUUUAAUUUGUUGUUUUUUUAAUGGCGGGUGGGAUAAAUGCAUGCUUUGCUAAUGUGAAUUAUUUUUUACAUUUGAAGUCAACACUAUCCAAUGCUUCCAUUGCUUUCACACUCUAAUCACUCGAGCCUGCACUGUGGCAUUGCGAUGCUUUAAAUGACAAUCAUUUUUAAUAGAUCUCACACUGCCUGGAUCUACUAAUUCAAAUACGGUUAUUUCUGAAGAAGUAAGGUAUUCAUUAUGCAGGUUUGAGAUUAUUAACAGCCUUACAUUGGAAUUGAUGUCAGCAAAAGAACGUUUUUUUUUAAUUUGAUUUACAAUCGCUGUAUCACCAUUUACAUGAGUUGAAGUUGUCAAAUAUGUUAGUGUCUAUGAAAGAGCAUCAUUUCAUUUUGAACACAUCUUUCAAACCAAAUACUUUUCUAGAAUAAUUUCUUGCCUCUCUUGAACCGCAAUUUUUAUUUCGAUUGCUCUGAAUAUUUUAGAAUAUUAGGAUUGCGCUUGAAGAUGUAUUGACUUUUACAAAUGCGGAAAGGACGGAUGAUGUACGGAAAAGCGAGAAACUUUUCGUCAUCAACCGUAGAAAUAUCCUUAACAGUUUAAUAUUGUUAAAUUAUUUUGGACAAAGCCUUUGAUUGACUUCAGGUUUAAUGCAACCCAACAUAUUCAGUCAUUAAAAAGGACUUGCAUUUUCUGCAUGUAGUUUCUUUAUACUUUUAGUGAAGGUCAAACAUUUAAAUAUGACCUGCAGCUUUGUUAGAAAAAUUACGUUGUUAAAUUUGUUGUUUUCUUUUAAUGCCCAAAUCACCGAUUUCAUCCAGCAGUGUCUGAAUUAUUGAUUCUGUGACCAAACGAGAAUUAGAUAAUGAUUUAAAGAGUUUUGAAUUAAGAAACUUAUAUUGUGUUGCGUUUGUUGCAGUUUGCAAAAUGUUGCAAAUUAUACAGUCGACUUUGCAGCUCAGGAUAUACAAUGUGUAUCUGCCAGUGAUGAUUCAUGGCAGGAGACUUCUGUCCUUCAUUUUACAUGGUAGAGAUUUCACUGCUAUAUUUGACAUGCAGGUUUUCCUGAUAGUAAAAGAAAAAAAAAGGUUUUCCAUAUGUACAAAUAUUGUAAGUGAUGGAGUUUUAGCAGUCUUCCUCUGCAUGUUUUUCCAUAAACGGAGUAGAAAAUGUAGAAUUUCAGAAAUGAGGGGGAUUUUCUCUCUAAAAUGCUUGUUGAGGCAAUUCGUUUUAUAGGCCUCUGGCUGAUCUGCACUAAUUUGUAACAACUUUUGUAUGUUCAGGGAGAAAAGUGUGUUAGCCAUUUCUUUGUAGAAAAAAAAAUCUCAUUAGGUUAUUUGUUAAUGCUUUUGCAGUGUUAGCGUUGGUGUAGCAAACUGUCUAUAAUUUAUUUUCCAAUCUGAUUUAUUGCUAAGGAAAUAACCACUACUGUUACUGUUAAACAUGCUUAUACCGAGAAUAGAUUUUUUUUUCUAUGCACAUUUAUUUUAAGACAAUCUUGGAUAUGAAUGCGGACUUAUAGCCGUUUAUUUAAUGUGUUUAUCAGCUUUUGGCAAUAAAUCAAUGUCCCAUUGUUCGACCUGCUGCGGCGCACUAUCAACUGCGAUUGUUAAAACCAAAAAUAUGUGACAGCACAUAAUACCGCUGUGUUCCAUGUUCAUUUACUCAUAUAUCAAUGUUGUUUGUGGCGUCAGGUUUUUUUUUUCUUU